UGCACACACCCAGUGGCCCACUCGGGACAGGGACGCCCAAGCUGCUGUGUGUUCUCCCCUGUGCCUUUUUCCUAGUCUGGACAGAAGGCAAAGGACCCAGGAUUACUCAGCCCCAUCUCUGGGGCCAAAGCUAAGACUUGAGCAGGUCACAGGAAGAUGGAGAAACAGAUCCUCAUCCUUUUCCUGGCUGCAGCCUGCAACAAUGUGAUAAGAGCCUAUGCAGAGGCAAAGACCUUCCCCCUAGAGCUUCCCCUGUCAGGGGCUCAGGAUGUUCGCCCACGGUUUAAAAGAGAUUGGAUUUGGAACCAAAUGCACAUCCAGGAAGAGAUGACUGGCACACUCCCUCAUCUUGUGGGCAAGAUCACAUCAAGUGUGAACAGCAAAAAUGCCAGGUAUGUUCUCAAAGGGCCUGAAGCCGGUGAAGGCAAACUCUUUAAAGUCCAGGAAAAGACUGGAGAUGUGUAUGCUUUUGAGAGGCUGGAUCGGGAGAAGAAAUCGGAGUAUUACCUCACUGCAUACAUUGUGGACAAAGAUACCAACCAGAAUCUGGAGCCGCCCUCCAACUUCACAAUCAAAGUUCAUGACGUGAAUGAUAACGCUCCUGAAUUUGCACAGAGAGUUUUCAACGGCUCAGUGCCAGAAAUGUCAGCUGUUGGAACUUUAGUCACCAGAGUCACAGCAGUGGAUGCAGAUGACCCCACUGUGUUGGGCCAUGCCUCGGUUUCCUACAAUAUAAUUCGUGGCAGAGAGUAUUUCACCAUCGAUGGUUCUGGUAACAUCUUCACAGCUGUGAAUAACCUGGAUCGAGAAAAGCAGUCAAAGUAUGAAAUAGUGGUAGAAGCCAAGGAUGGACCAGGGCUCCAGGGGGAGUCCAGCACAGCCACAGUGGUCAUCACUCUGAGUGACAUCAAUGACAACUUUCCAAUCUUCACCGAAACAAAUUAUAAAUUUGUGGUUCCUGAAAAUAUCCAAGUUGGAAGCUCCCUGGGAUCCUUGACAGUCGAAGACCCUGAUGAGCCCCAGAACCGGAUGACCAAGUACAGCAUUGUCCAAGGACAAUACAGGGACACCUUUGUCAUUGAGCUCGAUGCUUCCAGGAACCAAGGCAUCAUCAAGCCCAUGAAGCCCCUGGAUUACGAGCACAUCAAAGAAUAUAGCUUCACCAUCGAGGCAACAGACCCAACAAUUAGCCUUCCCUACCUGAACCACGGUACCUCAAAGAACCUGGCUCUUGUUCAUAUCAAUGUCACAGAUGUAGAUGAGCCACCAGUCUUCUCUCAACGUUUCUAUCACUUCAAACUGAUGGAAAAUCAAAAGAAACCCUCAAUUGGCUCAGUGUUAGCCAGGGACCCUGAUGCAGCUCAACGGAACAUUGAGUACUCCAUCCGGAAGACCAGUGAUAAAGGACAAUUUUUCAGAAUCUCCAAGCAGGGUUACAUUUCCAACAUUAAGGAAUUGGACCGUGAAAUCUACCCUUGGUAUAAUUUGACUGUUGAGGCCAAAGAGAUGGAUACUCGUGGGAACUACCCCACUGGCCAAGAAUCCAUUGUUCAAGUUCAUGUGGAAAUCUUAGAUGAGAAUGACAAUGCCCCAGAGAUUGCACAACCUAAUGAUGCCAGAGUGUGUGAAAAUGCUGCCCCUGGAACAUUGGUCACAAGGAUCUUGGCUACAGACAAGGAUAUAACUCCACGGGAUGUAAAGUUUAAAUACUCCCUGAGUAGAGAUGACAGCAAUUUCACCCUGACAGAAAAUCGAGACAAUACAGCCAACAUCACGGUGAAAUAUGGUCAAUUUGAUCGUGAGAGAGCCAAGGUUCACUAUCUUCCUGUAGUCAUUUCUGACAAUGGGAAACCCAGCCUUACGGGUACCACCACCCUUGUCAUCACAGUCUGCAAAUGCAAUGACCAUGGGGAACCCACGUUCUGUGAAGAGCCAGCCAGACAGGUUGGAGUAAGCAUCCAGGCCCUUGUAGCCAUCUUUCUGUGUAUCCUCACCAUUGUUGUGAUCACGGUACUAAUUGUCCUCCGCCGAAGGUUGAGGAAACAGGACAGAGCCCAAGGCAAGAACGUAGCAGAAAUUCAUGAGCAGCUGGUCACCUAUGAUGAGGAAGGUGGUGGGGAGAUGGAUACCAACAGCUAUGAUGUAUCUGUGCUCAACUCAGCCUGCAAGGGCAGUGGGAAGCCUCCAGGAGGGAAGCCCCCCAGGCCUGCCCUGGAUGCAAGGCCUUCCCUCUAUGCUCAGAUCCAGAAACCUCCAAGACCCGCUCAGCCCCAGCCUGUAACUGGGGAGAUGGCCGUUAUGAUCGAGGUGAAGAAGGAGGAGGCGGAUCAUGAUGGUGGUGGGCCCCCCUACGACACACUCCACAUCUACGGCUAUGAAGGAGCCGAAUCCAUUGCUGAGUCACUCAGCAGCCUCGUCACAGAUUCCUCAGAUUCAGAUGUUGACUAUGACUUCUUGAAUGACUGGGGGCCCAGGUUCAAAAUGUUAGCUGAGCUUUAUGGCACCGAACCUAACCAGGAGUUAGUAUAUUGAAGUCACCCACUGACUUGGAUCCUAGAAACCAGCCCCUUUGCAGGAAAAGAUCCAAAUCCCCAAUGUCAUCUGAAAGAAACUGUAAGGAUGGAUUAAAAGUGGAUAGCCACUUUUUUUAUUUCUUGCACACAAAAGAUACUCAAUAAUGGCUUGUUGAAUUCACUUGAAUUUGGAAGAUACAGAAAAACAACUGUGUGUAAUCAUAUAUCUAGUCCCACAUUUAGCUACAUCUUCUGGAAAGGCAGUGGGAUGUAGUGAGAAAAAAUUCUGGAUUUGGACCCAAGUUCAAAUUUUGCCUCUGCUAUUCAUUACUUACAAAUGUGAAAAAAAUCACUUCUUUGGGCCUCCAUUUCCUGUUUUGUACAAUGAAGUAGAUGGACUGCAUGUUGUCCUUCGGUGCUCAGAGAACCAAAAUGACAUCGCUAUGUUGGGGUCAAGGUACACGGUGUCCAACUGUGGUUGAUCAGACCGAGACAAUCUCUAAGGUCUCUUCCCGUUCUAUAACCUGGGAUUAUGUGAAAAACAUGGCCAUUCUGACAAUGAAGGCACUACCAUCCACCUGAUGGCAGAAACCAUGUGAGAGAGCAAAUUACCCCCUUCUACAUGAUUUGUCACACCAGCUAAGCACAAGCUGACAGCUCAGUACCACACAGGGCUUUGGGAGAGAAGAUGUCUACGGGAAGCCGAGCCAACUGCGUUCGCUCUGCUUCAAAUGAGCACAAAACCCUGCUAGUCAGUCUCCACAGAUCACCCUCGCUCCCUCUGAACCCACCAUAUAAGGACUUUUUCCCCACCACCACCGCACCCAGUUCCUUAAAUCUGCUAAGUCACAGUGACCAUCUUCAGAAGGCUUUGGAGGCUAAAGUGGUUAGAAUUCUCAGGAGCUUCCUUAAUGAAUAGCAUAUUCUUAUUCAGUCUGGAUUGGGCUCCAUGCCCACAGAAAUGUGAACUUGGCGACCUGAGGUCUCUGAAUGUGAUCUAUUCAGAACUAGCUGGGCUAUUAUUUCCUUUCAAUAAAGGCCUAGAGAGACUUCACACACACACACACACACACACACACACACACACACACACACACUCUUAUCUCCUAGAAACAGAGAUGCAGCCAUCAAUUAAGUACGUAUUUAUCUUUGUUCUCUUACAUCCUCCUCCAAACACACACACACACACACACACACACAC